GGGCGGGACUCACUAUCCGGUCUGCUGCUUCUCUCCUGUGCACCAGGAUACAGUCACAGUUUGCCUAGCUUCGCUGAGGCCAGACAGCACCAGCACCAUGCCCAUGACACUGGGUUACUGGGAUAUCCGUGGGUUGUGUCAGGCCAUCCGUCUGUUCCUGGAGUACACAGACUCAAGCUAUGAGGAGAAGAGAUACACCAUGGGGGACGCUCCCGAUUAUGACCGAAGCCAGUGGCUGAGUGACAAAUUCAAGCUGGGCCUGGACUUUCCCAAUCUGCCCUACUUAAUUGAUGGGUCACACAAGAUCACCCAGAGCAACGCCAUCCUGCGCUACCUUGCCCGCAAGCACAACCUGUGUGGGGAGACGGAAGAGGAGAGGGUUCGUAUGGACAUUUUGGAGAACCAGGCCAUGGAUACCCGCAUGCAGCUUGUGAUGGUCUGCUACAGCCCUGAGUUUGAGAAGCGGAAGCCAGAGUACUUAGAGGGUCUCCCUGAGAAGAUGAAGCUCUACUCUGAGUUCCUGGGCAAGCGACCAUGGUUCGUAGGGGACAAGAUCACCUAUGUGGAUUUCCUCGCUUAUGAUAUUCUUGACCAGCAACGAGUGUUUGAACCCAAGUGCCUGGAUGCCUUCCCAAACCUGAAGGACUUCUUGGCCCGCUUUGAGGCCCUGGAGAAGAUCGCUGCCUACAUGAAGUCCAGCCGCUUCCUCUCAGGCCCCAUAUAUUUGAAGACAGCCCUGUGGGGUAACAAGUAGGACCCCUUAAUACCAGGGCCAGGUGGCGAUCUAUGGCUACGCUUGCUGACCACUGGCCUGGGGCACAUCUGGGUCCCCGCACCUCUGCGUCAGUCUUCCCAUUCCUUCCCUUCAUCCAUUCCCUUCUCUGAAAGGCCUUAGCAACCUCCUUUUCCCACUCAGCCUCUCCCAAGCCAAGCUUUUGUUAACUCCGGCUCCCCAUUCCUUCAGAGUCCCUUCCUCUCCUUCCUUGUCUUUGUGCUGGAUCCAAGUAGCCCUCGGCUUUGCUGAGGGUAAUGAAGGGAUGCACUUGGCUCUGUGGCUCCCCAGCACUGCCAAAGAAACCAGUCCUGCCUAUGUCCAGGUGCCCACCCUCAGUAUGAGGCUGCCCAGCAUUGCCCGAAAGACCAGUCCCCUAGUUUGUAGACCCUAGUCUCCCAAUAUGGGACUGUCCAGCACUAGCUGGUCCUCAGUAAAGUCUGAACCAUG